AAAAAUGAAUGAGAUACUAGCUCUUGUGAUUAUCCAGGUAAUUGUCACAUGUGUCCGGGCGAGUGACAAAGUUUUUUGGUAUGAAAGCCCGGCCGCUGAUGGUAUGAAUGAGGCCCUGCCUAUCGGUAAUGGACGGAUAGGUGGACUGGUUUAUGGACACCCGGGUAAUCUGAUCGUCGAUUUACCCCAACAUAAGGUCAACACUCAGUACAAGCGAGCGCUGGAUAUCGGGGACGCGGUUACGACCGUUCAGUACGAAUCACAUGGCGUUCAAUACAAACGCGAAUACUUUGUGAGUCACGUGUCGGAGGUAUUGGUCGGCCGGUUGACCGCCGACAAGGGAAAGGCAUACACCGGACGCAUAGAACUGCAGGACUCGCAUAAACUGACCGCACAGGCGGUGAACGAUACGAUUGAAGUGGACGGGAAUCUAGUGAAUGGAUUGCGGUUUGCGUGGAAAGUGUUAGUCCAACACACGGGCGGAAGUCUCAAAUUGAACGGUGCUUUCAUUGAGUUCAACGGCUGCGACGCCCUAACGCUCAUCGUUAGCGCCGGUACUGACUAUGUGUUCGACGACCAAAAGAAGUUUAAGUCCGGCGAAGACCCGGCUAUUAGUGUCAACGCGUGGAUCAAGAAGGCCGCCGACAAGUCGUACGAAAGCCAACGGACUGAACACUUGUCGGACUUCCACUCGUUGUUUAACAGAGUGGACGUCGAUUUGGGUCAGUCGUCGGCCCAACAGAUGGCGUUACCGACCGAUAAACGUAAGGUCGAAGCGGUCGCGACAUUCGAUCCGGACUUCGAGGAAAUGUUUUUCCAAUUCGGAAGGUAUCUCAUGAUAUCGUCGUCGCGAACCAGUCUUCCCGCCAACUUACAGGGUCUAUGGAAUGAUAAAAAUACCCCGUCCUGGCAUUCCGACUAUCACGCAGAUAUUAAUGUACAAAUGAACUACUGGCCCGCAGAGACAACUAACCUUGGUGAAUGCCAUUUGCCUCUAUUCAAUCUGAUUCGGAGUCAACUGAACGUUUGGCGCAAACAAACGCGAGCUUCCGAUCUAUUACUGACACCUCUGGGCAAACACUCGUCAAAAGGUGUGGCCGUUUCGGGUCAGCACAACAUCUACGGAGGAAUGGGUUUAUUAUUAAUGGGCGGACACUAUGAUUGGGAUAAGACGGACACCGCUUGUUACGAUACGUAUGCGCAACACUUUUGGGAACAUUACGCUUUCGGACUGAAUAAGACAUUUCUAAAGGACGUGGCCUAUCCUUACCUGAAAGAGGUCUCCGAGUUCUGGGACGAACAGCUGAAAGUUGUGACGAAUGGCACUAAAGAACAGUUGGGAAAACUGGUUGUCCCUCACGGGUGGUCACCAGAACACGGACCCGUUGAGGACGGCUGUAGCUAUAAUCAAGAAAUUGUUUGGGAUUUGUACACAAAUUAUGUGAAAGCGGUGGAUGUGUUGGGAGUCGACAAAGAGUUCAGGGAUCGCGUGGCGGGUGAGAGGGAUAGGCUGUUAUGGCCAGGGAUUGGAUCGUUCGGACAAUUGAUGGAAUGGAUGGAAGAACAGAAAGGCGAAAAGACCGACCAUCACAGACAUACUUCCCAUUUGUUUGGCGUAUAUCCGGGAAACCAAUUUAAUUGGGAGACAACGCCCACAUUGGCCAACGCGUCCCUGGUAUCGCUUAAUGCCAGAGGUAUUGACCCUAAGAGCGAAGUGAAGGAGUGGUCGUUUGCGUGGCGGACAGCCAUAUACGCCCGGCUCAGGGAUGCCGAGAACGCCUAUCACUUACUUCGCGAGCUGUUGUCCGUACGUAAUACCUGUCCCAAUAUGUUUGGAUUACACCCUCCGAUGCAAAUCGACGGCAACUUCGGUAUAACCGCAGCCGUCGCGGAAAUGCUGGUCCAGAGUCACGCAGAAGUCGUCGAACUGUUGCCGGCUCUGCCCCGGGAGUGGACGGCCGGACACGCGAAAGGUCUGCGGGCCAGAGGCGGACACCAGUUAGACAUCUAUUGGGCUAAUCAUACGCUGAAUAAUGUUUUGAUUACGAGUUUAGUCGCGAGUAACGUUAAACUCAAAUUUGGAAAUACCGUCAAAACAAUUACAGUGACUCCGAGUAAAGCGAUUCAUUUGGACCACAAUCUGAAUCCUAUUCCUCAGAGAAAAUGA